CCGCCGAUCUGACGCCCUGGCCCCUGACGGCGUGCGGGCGCCGCCGCCCCGGGCCCGGCGACCUCGCCGCGCCUUGGAAGGCUGCGCCCUGCCCCCCGACGGGCUGCGCGACCCCCAGCACGGCCUGCGGCUCCCCCGCGGGCAGCCGCCCGCCCUCGCGGAGCAGCCGCAGCGCCUCCUCGCUGCCGUCGUGGCCCGCGUCCACUCCGCGGCUCGGGUCCCCCGGCGACGGGGCCGACGGCGCGCCCGCGGCGGUGGUGGACGCGCUCCGCUCCAGGCGCGGCGGGCGCAGGCCCUCGCGCGGGGCGCCCGCCCGGGAGGGCCCGGAGCCGGCGCGGAGCUCGCUGCCCGCCGUGGGCCCCGUGGGCGCUCGAGGGGGCGGGGCGGCCCGCGGCAGCGGCAGCGACGUCGCGCAGGUCUGCCGCCUGGCCAGGGCCAUGCGGGUGCCGGUGGCAGAGAUGCAGCGGUCGUACGCCCUUUUCCGGGACCACGCGGAGCCCCUCGCUGCAGGGGCCGAGCUGCUCAAGGACGGGCGGAUUGGGCAGGAGCAGUUCGCCAGGCUUGCGCGGAGAAGCCUCAUCUCGGACGGGGAGGCGCUGCCGUCGCUGUCCGUUAUCGGGAGGUGA